AUGUUCACAACUGCGUCGACUGGUCAUGGGUUCGGAAUCUUGAAGCAACAGCACCACCUGCAGCUGUCAGACAGCAUUACAGCUGGAGAACCUCACUAUGCUAGAAAGAGCCCACUUGUCCUUGAUAUUGAUUUAUAUGGCACCAAAGCGUCAUCAGUGAGAACCACAUCAGAUCAGAGAUUCACCCGCACGGAGUCUGUGUGCGGCGUUUUCGGAUAUCUCCCGCAGCUGUUCUGGUCCAGAAGGCCAAAUAGCACCAGCGUCAUGUUGCGGCUGCCGACUGUGGGGAGAGCUCUGAGCGGAGCAGUGAAGAACCGGCACUCCCCAAACAGCUGUGCGCUCUCGUCGGUGCGUGCUGCCUCGUCUCUGGUGGAGGUGUUUGUUGAUGGUAAACCAGUUGAGGUGGAACCAGGGACCACUGUGCUGCAGGCGUGUGAGAAAAUGGGGGUUCAGAUCCCGCGCUUCUGUUACCAUGAACGUCUGUCUGUGGCAGGGAACUGUCGCAUGUGUCUGGUGGAAAUCGAGAAGGCUCCAAAGCCAGUUGCAGCUUGUGCCAUGCCGGUGAUGAAAGGCUGGAACAUCCUCACAAACUCAGAGAAAACACGCAAAGCCAGAGAGGGGGUGAUGGAGUUCCUGCUGGCCAACCAUCCUCUAGACUGUCCCAUCUGUGACCAGGGGGGGGAGUGUGACCUGCAGGACCAGUCGAUGCAGUUCGGCUCUGACCGCAGCCGCUUCACCGAGAGUAAACGAGCAGUAGAAGACAAGAACAUCGGACCUCUGAUCAAAACCAUCAUGACCAGAUGUAUUCAGUGCACUCGCUGUGUGAGAUUUGCCAGUGAGAUUGCUGGUGUGGAGGACCUGGGCACCACCGGCCGCGGGAACAAUCUGCAGAUCGGGACGUACGUGGAGAAGAUGUUUUUGUCAGAGUUAUCUGGCAACGUGAUCGACGUGUGUCCAGUGGGAGCCCUCACCUCCAAACCAUAUGCUUUCACCGCCCGGCCCUGGGAGACUAGGAAAACAGAAUCCAUCGAUGUGUUGGACGCUCUGGGGUCAAACAUCAUCGUCAGCACCAGAGGAGGAGAGGUCAUGAGGGUCAUGCCCCGUCUGAACGAGGACAUUAACGAGGAGUGGAUCUCUGACAAGACCAGGUUUGCGUACGAUGGUCUGAAGCGUCAGCGUCUCACUCAGCCACUGGUGAAGGACCAGAGUGGACAGCUGACCCCCACCUCCUGGGAGGACGCUCUGACUCAAGUGGCAGGAGCACUCCAGGGCGUGCAGGGAGGACAGGUCGCCGCCAUUGCAGGAGGAAUGGCCGACGCGGAGGCACUGGUGUCUCUGAAGGAUCUACUAAACCGUCUGGACUCUGAGAGCCUGUGCACCGAGGAGGUGUUCCCCACCGCAGGAGCAGGGACAGACCUGCGCUCGAACUACCUGCUGAACAGCACCAUCGCAGGGAUCGAGGAGAGUGACCUGCUGCUGCUGAUUGGAACCAACCCCAGAUAUGAGGCUCCACUGUUCAACGCUCGGAUCAGGAAAAGCUGGUUGCACAAUGAGCUGCAGGUGGCGCUAGUGGGACACGCGGUGGACCUGAGUUUCUCCUACGAUCAUCUGGGAGAAGAGUCGUCUGUGUUGAAGCAGCUGGCAGAGGGGACGCAUCCAUUUAGUCAGGUUUUAAAUGCGGCCAAGAGGCCAAUGGUGGUGGUAGGCAGCUCAGCCCUGCAGCGCGAGGACGGAGCGGCCAUUUUGAAGGCGGUAUCCACCAUCGCUCAGAACGCACGGGUCAGCAGCGGCGUGGAGGAGGGCUGGAAGGUCCUCAACGUACUGCACAGAGUGGCAAGUCAGGUGGCGGCCCUGGACCUGGGCUACAAACCUGGUGUGGACUUGAUCAGACAGAAUCCUCCUCAGGUCUUGUUUCUGUUGGGAGCAGACGCAGGCUGUGUGAGCAGAGCGGACUUGCCCAAGGGCUGCCUCGUCGUGUACCAGGGUCACCAUGGUGACGUGGGUGCUCCCAUGGCUGACAUCAUUCUUCCUGGGGCCGCGUACACGGAGAAGAACGCCACGUAUGUGAACACGGAGGGCCGGAGCCAGCACACCAAGAUGGCAGUCACUCCUCCAGGAAUGGCCCGCGAGGACUGGAGGAUCAUCAGGGCUGUGUCUGAGCUGGCCGGAGUUCCGCUACCGUACGACACGCUGGAGGAGGUGCGUGGGCGUCUGGCUGAAGUCUCUCCAAACCUGGUGCGAUACGAUGACGUGGAGGAAGCUAAUUACUUCAAACAGGCCAACGAGCUCUCACAGAGUGUGAACCAGGAGCUGAUCUCCGCACCUCUGGUCCCACCUCAGGUCUCGGUUAAAGACUUCUACAUGACAGACUCGAUCUCCCGCGCCUCGCAGACGAUGGCCAAAUGCGUGAAGGCGGCGACAGAAGGAGCAGCGGCGAUAGACGAGCCCUCCGUCUGUUAG